AUAUCAGGUUAACAUUCCACGAGUAUUCCAGGUUUUGAAAUGAAAACUUAAAUAGAGGAAAUAUCUGACAGGCCUACAGCAGCUCACAAAUCGUAAUUCUCACCACAAAAGUGUAAGAGGUUGUUUUGUUUCUCUCAUUUCUCGGGUUAAUGUGUUUAUUUUCCACAUCUCCUGGUAUUGUCAGCUAAGAUGUCUAGAAAAAGAGGGAGGAAAGGAAAAAGAGUGUGUGGUGGUGAUGGAAGGGUGUGGAAGUGGAAAUGGGCAGCAGAGGGGAGGAAUGUUAAACAUUUCUCAUGCGGGUCCAGUGAGCUGUUUACACGGCAGGCAGCCUGUGACAUCACACUCCAGACUUUAUAAAUGUCUGCAGGCGUAAGAAUGAGCAGUUAACAAACAGCUGCUGCUUGCACCGCAUCACACCCACCGCGUCAGGAAGGCCUCAUGGAGCGACCUCUGGAGCGACCUCUGCGUCGCGCACUCAUAGGUUUGGCAGCGCUGCUCUGUGCAGCCACACAGGUGUUCUCUCAGCUGUGUGAGAAACCAUGCCGUUGCCCUGGUCCUGUCCCUCAGUGUGCCCCGGGCGUUCCUCUGGUUCUGGAUGGCUGCCACUGCUGCCAGGUGUGUGCCAGGCAGCAAGGAGAGCUCUGUACUGAAAUGCUGCCCUGCGACAGCCAGAGAGGACUCCAGUGUGACUACAGUGCCAGCUUUCCUGAAGAGCCCGGGGCAUGUGUCAGUCAAGAGGAUCUGGGUUGUGAGGUCAACGGAGUCACUUACCAGCAGGGCCAGUCCUUUCAGCCGUCCUGUGACUCCCACUGCCGCUGCAGCGGUGGCGGUGUAACCUGUGUGCCGGCGUGUCCCCUGAAUGCCCGUCUUCCCACUCCGGACUGUCCCAAUCCACAGUAUGUCCUGCUGCCAGGGAAGUGUUGCAAGGAGUGGGUGUGUGAAGACCUCCAGAACACAGUCAUUCAGGAUGCCAUCACAGCUUUGAGAUCUAAACCCUUCUGGCCAACUCCCUCUCAAGCCCGUAACCUAAACAAAGUAGCGCCACCUACCUCCUGUGUAGAACGGAGCACCCAGUGGAGCGCCUGCUCCCGCAGCUGUGGCGCUGGGAUCUCCACGCGGGUUUCUAACCAGAAUCCGGGCUGCAAACUGGAAAUACAGACCCGACUUUGUAAAGUGCGUCCGUGCCAGACAGCUCAGCCUGCACCUGGGAAAUCCAUGAGAACAAAGAAGGGGCGCUGCAAGGCCAGCUACAGGUCACACGUGCCCAUUCGGCUCGUUCACCAGGGCUGUUACAGCCUUCGCCCCUACCGGCUGAGAUACUGUGGACAGUGCACGGAUUCCCGCUGCUGUACACCGAAUCAAACCCACACUGCUGAGGUGGCCUUCCGCUGCCCCUCAGGCGGGCUGCUGAAGCGAGCGGUGAUGAUGAUCCACUCGUGUACAUGUCACUACAACUGCCCUCAUGCACCAUUCAGUAACCCGGCUCUUUGGGGCAUCAGGCCGUGAGAUGCACUGGGACUUCACUGAACAAUUCUUCAUUUCUCAAGCAGGCGGACUGUACAGCAACAUUAGCAGCUGGAUCCACAUCAGUACUACUGGACCUUGAAAAGGAACAUUAUAUUUAACUUUAACAUUACAUUAUAUGGAAGCGUUGUUAUGCAAAACUGUGACUGGGUUGGAAUUUACUUUGACUUUCAUGAAUAGAACUGAAUAUGCAG